ACUUUUAACAUUAUAGGUUCAGAGGUUUUUAAAAUUGUCUACUUACUAUUGUCUAAUCUAAUACCUAUUUUGAAUCUUCCAGUAAAAUAAAAUUUUGGACUGGUAGCCACAACACUCCCGCCAUUGGUCAACCUGCGCGCAGAAGUACACCGCGAAAGACUCUAGAAACUGCGCCGGCUCCAGUGCACCAUCAGAAAUCAGAAUCUACCGCGACCAACCCGCGACAGUUAACAAGUGCAAAUUCCGUAUCUCACGAGGAAAGCUGACGACGAGAGUAAAAAGCGAGUAGCCGGUAGCCUUUUUCGGAGUCGAUUUUUCCAGCCUAGCGAAAUCAAGACCGGGUGAAAAUGGUUGACUAUAGCAAGUGGAAAGACAUCGAGGUAUUUGUGCGGAUGUAGCAACAUUUUUGCCAUUUUGUAUCUCAGAUGAUGAGGAUGACACUCAUCCCAACAUCGACACACCUUCAUUGUUCAGAUGGAGACAUCAAGCAAGAAUCGAGAGAAUGGAAGAGAGGGAAAGAGAGAAAAGGGAGCACGAAAGAAAGAAACAGGAAACUCUCAAAAAACUUCAAGAAACUAUGAAGAGAGUAGCUGAAUUAGAAUCAUCAAAAUCUGAUACAACAGACUUGGAUACUUUGAAGAAAGCUCUGCAGGAUUUGGAAAAGGAAGAAGAAAGAAUCAAGAAAGAAGAAGAAGAUCUUAAGAAGAAAGAAAAGCUUACACCAUGGAAUGUUGAUACCAUUGCCCAGCCUGGUUUUACCAAAACUGUCAUAAACACAAAACCAGCAAGGACAAAUGACGAUGCUGAUUUGCCCGAUGAAGAGAAGGAGAAAAAAAUGAAGCAGUUCAUCAAAGAAAAUGAAAAGAAGCUGAAAGAGUACGGAAUGCUGAGAAGAUAUGAUGACAGCAAAAAAUUCCUCCAAGAGAAUACAAACUUGGUUUGUGAAAACACUGCCAAUUAUUUAGUAAUUUGGUGUAUAAAUUUGGAAAUGGAAGAGAAACACGAUCUUAUGGAGCAUGUGGCUCAUCAGUGUAUAUGCAUGCAGUACAUUUUGGAGCUUUCAAAGCAAUUAGAUGUGGAUCCCAGAGCUUGUGUUGGCUCCUUCUUUAGCCGCAUACAAAUUGCUGAGGUUGAAUACAAAAAGUCGUUUGAUGAUGAGUUGAGAUUGUUCAAAGAGAGAAUUCGUAAAAGGGCAGCUGAAAAAAUUGCAGAAGCUAUGAAAGAAGUUGAAGAGGAAGAAAGAAAGGCUCGUUUAGGACCGGGAGGUCUGGAUCCAGUUGAAGUGUUUGAGAGUCUUCCACAGCCUUUACAAAAAUGUUUUGAAGUACAAGAUAUUCCACUACUACAAGAGACAAUCGCGGCAAUGCCAGAAGAGGAAGCACGAUACUACAUGAAAAGAUGCAUCGACAGUGGAUUAUGGGUACCAGAUGCAAAUAAAUCCAAAGAGGGUGAUGAAGCAUCAGAAGAAACAACUGCUGAAACACCAGAUGCCAAUAAGUCAAAAGAAAAUGAUGAGGCAUCAGAAAAAGCAACUACUGGAACACCAGAUCCAGAAUAGCCUUCUAUGAAAUGCAAUUAGCCCUCUAAAUCUCAGAUUCAAGUGAAUUAAUCUAUGAAAAAUUGUUUCCAUUUGUAUAUGUUCACAAACUAUCUUGAAAUGAAAUCAUUGUGCUUCUGUUUCUCAUGUUCUGUAUUAUUAUUAUUAUUAUUAGCUGUACGAGACUUUACAAAUAGCAAUUUCUUUUCUCUACUUGUAAGUGAAUGUCAAGACUGAAAAGAGACAUAUAGAAGAGCAUUUCGUCAUUUUCUUACUAUUGAUUAAAAGUAAUGACACAGUCACAAUCAUUAGCUAUUGGCAUUUAUAGGUAUAGGUAGAAUUAUGUAUAUUUAUUUGAAAAUUUAAUUGAGUUGGCUCUAUUUAUUCAAGCAGACUUUUUACAAAAAUAGAUUUUGACAAGCAGAGCAUUAUUGAAAAUUCUUUGCAAAUGCAACUACUGUGUUUUAACUGAAUACUCGAUUGUGUCAAACCCUUUUAAUCAAUCUUAAUGCUAACACAUUCAAAUUGUACAUACUUAAUAUUAUAAACUGUUUAAAUAUAAAAGCAUUUUGAAUGUAAAUAAAUUAUUUUUUUUUUU